AUGAAAGAGAAAGUUGUUAAUAAAAUUGAACCAUCAACCUUGCUCGAUUCAUCAAGUUCUCCUGUUUUGCUCGAUUUGAAGCUUUCCAAUGAUGAUUCUUUUGGUGGAUCAAAGCUAGAGUUCAAUCUUUUUAGCCUUAUUAAUGCAGAUGCAAAUGAAUCAACAGAUGAGACUUUGAAACCAGCUAAUUCAAGAGUUUUGUCGUGCACCUAUUGCAAGAGAGAGUUCUCCACAUCCCAAGCUCUUGGUGGACAUCAAAACGCACAUAAACAAGAGCGUGCAAUAGCCAAAAGGCGUCAAGUGAUGGAUGUGGAUGCUUUUGCGCAAUUUCUAUACUAUCCCUAUCCAAACCAUUCAACACACCCUUAUUAUGGAUAUUUCAAUAAGUCACUUGGUAAGGAGAUGGAUUCCUUGAUUUGCAAGCCAUCAUCUUAUCCAUGGAAUGCAUCCUCGAGUGGGUAUCAUUUUGGCCUUGGUGGGUGGUCAAGGCAGGCCAUGAUGAAUGCACAACCAACUUCCAUUGACAGGCUAAGAAUGGAGAGUUUGAAUUCUCUUAAUGGGUCACAGCCACUUUUCAAUGAGCAUCCUUCUUGGUUCAAGAAGCCAAAAACAACCAGCGGAAUUGGUUCCAUUGUUGCUGCUUCAAGAAAUCCAGGGAGGGUUUUAAACGAACCAAAGCUUUUUGAUGAAAACAGGGUUUUCAAGAACUCUGUUGAUAGUGAUUCAAGAAACAAAGAAUCUGCGGAAGAGUUGGAGAGAAGGGUGGCUUUUAAUCUUAGGACGAUGAGAUCGUCUUUUAGCCUUGGAGAUUUGCUAGAGGAGAGGUCUCGCGGGGUAUCAACUCAACUAAGUCUGUAUCAUCAUGACCCAUUCGAGAUCAAGAAGAAGAUGAAGCCAAGUGAUCUGGGUAAUCUAUGCAGGCUGCUUGUGUCUGCAGAUUUGGUUGAGAAAUAUAUCCUGCCUUUCUUGAACGAGGAUCAAACUAAACAGGUUAAAAUUCCGAAUCAAGAAAGGAAUGGUUUGAAGGUCUGGGUUAGGGAUAUUGACACUGGAAGUAUGCAUCAGUUGGUCUUCAAACGAUGGAGCACUUCUAAAAGCUAUAUUUUCAAUGAUGGCUGGACAAAGCACUUCGUUAAAAGGAGGAAUUUGUUUGAAGGAGAUGAAAUUGGACUCUACUGGGACAAUGAUCAGUCAAGACUUCACUUCAGUGUUCUGAGUAGAGCUGCUGCUACUGGAUCUCUAAAGGUGGCUUGGCGCAUGGCUCAUCUCCUAAGAGUUAGAAUUUAUGGUGCUCAACUAUUCCAAAUGGCUGUUCAGAAUUGCAAAAAAUUACUAAAGCUCAGAACUCUAAUGUGGGAUCAAAUCGUGCAUACACUAACCUCAAAUUCUAAUCAAGGAACCAAAGUUUGCUUUGGAGCUAUCUCAACAGGCACUGCAGAUGGUGCUGAGGGUGAUGGAGAAGUGGGAUCGGCAGCUUUAUCACAGAACACCAAUAAUCCUAAGAAAAGAAAAGAAUGUGGAUGUCAACAAGCCGAGAGAGAAGUGUUUGCUGGGUCACAGCCACUUUUCAAUGAGCAUCCUUCUUGGUUCAAGAAGCCAAAAACAACCAGCGGAACUGGUUCCAUUGUUGCUGCUUCAAGAAAUCCAGGGAGGGUUUUAAAGGGACCAGAGCUUUUAGAUGAAAACAGGGUUUUCAAGAACUCUGUUGAUCCUGAUUCAAGAAACAAUGAAUCUGGAGAAGAGUUGGAGAGACGGGUGGCUUUUAAUCUUAGGACGAUGAGAUCGUCUUUGAGCCUUGGGGAUUUGCUAGAGGAGAGGUCUCGCGGGGUAUCAACUCAACUAAGUCUGUAUCAUCAUGACCCAUUCGAGAUCAAGAAGAAGAUGAAGCCAAGUGAUCUGGGUAAUCUAUGCAGGCUGCUUGUGUCUGCAGAUUUGGUGGAGAAACAUAUCCAGCCUUUCCUGAAUGACGAUCAAGUUAAACAGGUUGAAAUUCGGCAAAUGCCAAAUCAAGAAAUCAAUGGUUUGAAGGUCUGGGUUUGGGAUAUCGAUACUGGAAGUAUGCAUGAGUUGGUCUUCAAAAGAUGGAGCACUUCUAAAAGCUAUAUUUUCAACCAUGGCUGGACAAAGAACUUCGUUAAAAGGAGGAAUUUGAGGGAAGGCGAUGAAAUUGGACUCUACUGGGACAAUGAUCAAUCAAGAUUUCACUUCAGUGUUCUUAGUAGAGCUGCUGCUAGUGGCCAAGAUUAG